CUUCAGUGAAUUAUAACUUUGAGAAGCAACAAUGUACACAAUCAAUGAGGCACGACUCACGAGAUUACAAUGUAGCUGACUUCUUGAAUGUUACUGCGCAUGACCUUGUGUACGGGUUACUAUGACAACAAGCUCUGAUGUUGUGAAGAGUUCAGCCACAUGCCCUCAAUCACAUUAGUCGUCGGAGAAGAUAUCUUAAUUUACUAAGAUAGCUUCUAAUCAGACAGAAAUUGACUCUGAUAGCAGUAAUGGACCCAGUUGUUCUUCACGGAGAGGCCGAGGGCUACGUCAAAAGCCUGGAAAAACUGCCUUUGAAGGACGUCGGUUCUCCAAGGUGGUUCCGCCAGCACGAAUACAUUGAGAAACUGAACAUGCAAGCUAUUUUGAAUGCCUCUGCCACUCAAGAGGAAUUCGUCCAAGAGCUUUUUGUUUCAUUCGGAAAGAUCCCAACGCUGGUGCAUGAGAUGAUUCUCAUCGAGGUUUGGAAGCAGAAAGUUUUCCCCAUUCUCUGUCAGCUACAGGACUUCACCCCCAAAAGCACAUUUCCUUUGUACAUGGUGAUUCACCAUGAAGCCACAGUCAUAAACCUUCUGGAGACAAUCAUGUUCCACCAGGACUCAUGUGAAUCGGCAGAGGAAGCCGUUCUAGACCUGGUGGAUUACUGCCACCGCAAGCUCACUCUUCUUGCUGGGAAAUGUGCUCGUGGAGACAUGACCCCUGGAGACCGCAUCACACAUAAUCCUGAUGCAAACCAGUCCUCUAUAGAGGAGUUGCAGAAUCAGAGUGUGAGGUUGGAAUUUGAUAUCUCUCUUAAGGCUCUGUCUGUGUUACGCUACAUCAUUGGACAUGUCGAGAGCUUGAGUGUGAGCGUGCUCAAUAGACUCCUCCGUACGCACAAUAUGCCAUGUGUGCUGGUGCAGCUGGUGGACUAUUGCCCCUGGAGCCGCUACACUGCAGGGAAGGUGGAGAAGUAUAUGGAUGGGAGGUGGCAGGCUGUGGCCCCUCGGGACCAGGUGAAGAUGACCCCGCAGGACGGGCAGCUGUGGAUAGCUCUGGUCAACCUCCUGCUCAAGCCUGAGUGCCAGGGCAAAUACGACUAUAAUAACUUCAACAAGAACCAGGUGCUGAAGCUGCGAGGCUCUCUGAACGAGGUGCUGAUUGACCAGUUACCCAUCCUGGGGGACCUCCAGCGCUUUCUCAGCCAGCUGGCGCUCACUGACCCUGCACCCCCAAAGAAAGACCUGAUCCUCGAGCAGAUCCCAGAGAUGUGGAGCAACAUUAUGGAUGCAAACUCUGGGAAGUGGAAAGGCAUCGCCAAGCAUCAGGUGAAGACCGCCUUCAACCCUUCAGACAGUGACCUGAGAGUGCAGGCACAAAGGUUGUCCCAGACGUAUAACUUGGAUGUUCUUGAGAAUCUUAUUUCAGAGAAGCCCAAAUGUGGCUUGUGUGGUGCUGAGGCAGCCAAACGCUGCUCCCGCUGUCAGGGGGAAUGGUACUGCAACAGAGAGUGUCAGGUGAAGCACUGGCCGAAGCACAAGCCUGCAUGCCAGCUGAUGGCCGAGGCCACAGAGAAACUACAGAAGGAGCUCAGCAUCAGAGCCUAGGAUGGGCCUUGUGGCGUGUUUAAGUGCAUGCCACCCCAUUACAGACAAAGCCAGAAAGACAUGGGACCAUCUAACCGUGAACCUAUGAACCCAGACCGCCUCAUGGACCGGGAGGCAACUAUUUGAGUAUGGAGGAGAAGAAUGAAGUUUGCAAUGCCAUUUUUCCUGGACUCAUCGCUGCUCAGUUCUGUCCUCAAGUCUGUCAGCAUGACGUUCAUGAGAAAGAGAGCCCUGAUGACAGGCCACUAUCUGUCAUCUCAGUCACAGCAGCAGUGGUGGGAGCCAUUGGGAAGUUGACACUUCUCUUUUGGACGAGUGAUCUCAGAUGAUAGUCGUGGUGAUGGUAUUAGAGGUUGCUGAACUGUUGGGAAAACGAACUUCCUCAUUGCACACUAUUUUCAGCUCUAUCUGUAUUCUGUGUGUAGCGUUGUACCAUUGUAAAAUAAACAAAAACAUUUCACUGGAAAA